AUGGCUGUUUGGAACAUAAGGGGUUUGAACCGCCCCCUGAAACAACGUGAGGUUCGGCUUUUAGUGUCUGAAAAUAAAUUAUCUGUUUGUGCUCUUCUUGAAUCGCAUGUGGAUAUAUCUAAGCUUGCUAAGGUGUGUAACAAUGUGUUCCGGUCUUGGAAUUGGACGUCGAAUGGUAGUCUAUGUGAUAGAGGUACGAGAAUCAUUUUGGGGUGGAAUGCUGAUGUGGUUGAUAUUAUGAUUUUGGCCCAAUCGGACCAAGUUAUCCAUGCUCAAGUUGUCUCUAAAAUUGAUAAUAGUUCCGUGUUUGUUUCUUUCGUUUAUGCGAAGAAUAAAUAUCAGGAGAGAAGGUCAUUGUGGGAAAACUUAUGCAAACAUAAGGGUUUUUGCUUUGAUAAACCUUGGGUCGUUAUGGGCGAUUUCAACUCUGCGUUACAUAUUGAGGAUUCUUUGAAUGGUCCGUCUAUGCUCUCAAUUGGUAUGAGAGAGUUUAAUGAUUGUGUUCAAUAUGCGGAGUUAAUGGAUAUUAAAGGGCAUGGUCUUCACUACACAUGGAACCAAAAACCGUUGAAUGGAGUCGGCUUGCUUAAAAAGAUUGAUCGUGUGAUGGGUAAUAUGAAGUUUUUGGAGAUGUUCAAGGAUGCGUAUGUCUUAUAUCAUCCCUUUCGGGUCUCGGAUCACACCCCUUGCAUUAUUAAGUUAGCGAUGUCGGUCAGGUCUCGUCCGAAACCGUUUAAGUUCGCUAACUUCAUUACCUCAAAGCCGGAGUUUAGGGUAUGUGUGGAAAAGGAGUGGGUUAAGCGAGUGGAUGGUUUUAAUAUGUUUGCGGUCACCCAGAAGCUGAGGAAUUUAAAGCCGUUUUUGCGUAAGAUCCUGUUUAACCAGGGGAACUUGCAUGAUAAAGUGGCAGGGUUGAGGAAGAAGCUUGAUGACAUUCAGACUCUUAUGGAAAGCAACCCGUUAGAUGCUAAUCUUCGUAUUAUGGAGGCUCAAUGUCUAAAAGAAUUUCAGAUUGCUGCUUAUGAUGAAGAAUGCUUUCUUAAGCAAAAAGCUAAGGUGGAAUGGCUAUGUGCAGGUGACUCAAACACUAAGUUUUUUCAUAAUAGUGUUAAAUGCAAGAAUGCUAGAAAUAGAAUUCAAUCUAUUAAAGAUGUUAAUGGGACUUGUUAUGAAGGGGAGGGUAUUAUGGAUGCUUUGGUAGCUCAUUAUGCUAAUUUUUUGGGGACUGAGGAUCGGGUUGCAGCUAUUGAUUUGGAGAGUAUUUGUGUCAAUACGCUUAGUAGGGAUGGGGCAGCCAAUAUGGUUCGGCAAGUGACUCGAGAGGAGGUAAAAAAUGCUAUUUUUAAUAUUGGAGAGAACAAGGCCCCUGGGCCUGAUGGGUACAUCGGCAUUCUUUAA